UUCAGUUGUAGUAGGGAGAGCAGGAAGCGGCAUUCUGACCAGGGCACGGCGGAGUUGCUGCAUCAAUUCGUUCCUGGAACCAUUCCUCGCUGACAUUUAUCGUUCAAACCACACUUUCGUGAAAUCUCGAAAGAUUACGGCUUCGGAACGGCCCUCUUUUGUCGACUCUGGUCACAGCUAUGGUCGUUUGAUUAUCCAACGGCCGGAAUAGCCAUGGCGGACUCGACAGGCCGCGACAAGUGGGAUGGCACCGGCCCCACUCGCUCCACCGCGUCCGUCUCCGAUUUAAUGCUCGGCGAAGUCGACCUUUCUGGUAACUCCGCUCUCCAGCGAUUCGCGGCUCUCGCGGCGGAAGAAGCGGACCGAGCGCGAGGCACGGCUCAUUCUUCCAUCGCCGCUGCCGCCGCCGCCGCUGCCGCUGACACGAUCAUUCCCGAUGUAAGAUCGUUCUCGGUAUUGCCGGAAGAGACGGCUGGUUCUGGUAGUUCUGUGAGUCAGUCACAGCCGGAAGGGGAGGACCGCUCAGAAAAAUCAUCACAGACGCGGAAGGAUGGAACAGCAGGAGCUUCGCAGAGAAUUCCAGGUUUUGGUCCUUCAGGUUCGGCUGCUGCUCCUGCUGCUGCUUCCUCGGCGUCGGUCCACCCGUUACACGGUGUCGUGACUGUACCGGAGAUUCCGUUGGAUCUGCUGCGGCUGAUCGACGCAGCGGCGCAUGAAGGACACCCGAAGGCCUUGACGAAGCUCCGACGGAUUGCUGCUGGCUUGGAAACCUUGGGGAGUCUUAAGAAGGGGAAGCGCGGCGAGGGGAAGGCGGAGGACGCUGUAGAGAAGCCGGAAGAGGAAGAAGCCAAUGGGGAAAAAACGAAAUCGGAAAAAACCGGGGGGGAAGAUGCCAACGGGGGAGGCGUCGCAAAAGAUAAGGAGGAAGAAGCGGAAGAGGAAAAGCAGGGUCAGGGUCACACCGAAGCAUCUGAAAAAGACGAGGAAGCGAUGGGGAGCGCGGAACGCGGAACCGGAAGCGAAGGGAAAGAGGCGGAGACACAGACAGGGGAGGAGGCGUUAGGGAAGGAGGAGACUUCUAGGCUGAUCGUUGAGACGCUAUUGGCGAUCAUGGGGGGGAGGCACGAGGAGGAGGAGGUGGGGCAAGCUGGCGCAGGCAGAGAGGAAGGCGGGGAGGGUCUGGGAAGCAGAAGCAGUGGCAGGAAUGGCAGCAUUGGGAGCAGUGUGGGCGGCAGUACUACGAGUAGCAGCAUGGGUGGUAGCAUUGGUGGUAGCAGCGUGGGUGGUGGCGGUGGGCAUGGGUGGAUGAAGGGAGGCCCGGUGAUCAUGCUCACUCCCGAAGCUGCAAGGCUCGGCGCGUGGCUGCUGCCAUGGCUGCCGUGCCACGAACCUGAACCUGAGCCUGCUGAUUCUCGUGGCAUUGAAACCCAGACUGCAGAGAAACCAGAAUCCGACGUGUCAGAGGGCGUGCUGCCAACCCAGUCUGCUUCCGACGGUGCCGAUUCUGCCACGUCAGCUGCUCACCCGCCUUGUGCUGACGCACCCGCUGCUGAUACCCCAUCCGUUGAUUCCACCGAUCCAACCGCCGAACCUACCAUCGACCCUGCUGCCAAAAGCUCUCCCAAGCCUGCGUCCCAGCCUCUCCCAGAUCCAGCUAAUCCCAAAGCUGCGCUCGCGCCUGCGGCUCUAGUGUCUCCUCGGACGCGCAUGGCGCGGGGCAUCGCCCGCGUGCUGCUGUCCUGCACGCGCAACCGCGCCCUCUGCGCCUCCAUGGGCCUCGUCCGCGCGCUGCUGGCCGCGCUGAGAGUGAUUCUCCUGGGAGGGGUGGAUGCGCAGGGGCUGCCCCCUGCUGCUGCUACCGCUGACGCCUUGCUGCUGCCAGGGAGGAAAGGCACAAGCUCGAAGAGUGAAGACAGCUGUGCUGAAGCAAGCACAGAGGCAAGCGAUAGCAAGGGUGACAGUGCUGACAGUGGCAGGAGCAGCAGCAGCAGAAGUGCGGUUGCGGAUCAGACAGGAGGCGAGGCUGGGUCCAUUGCUGUGGUGCGUCUGUUUGGUGUGGGUGAAGCAGCGUGGGACUGCUCCCCUUUGGUGACGGCGCUGGAGUCUCUGGCGGCUCACUCUCUCAACGUAGCUGAGCUCCAGGAAUGGAUGCGAUCCACAGAGGCUCUUAUCCUCCCUGCUGCCUCACUUGCUGCUGCUGCUCCGCCUCCUGAUGCUGCUGCUGUUGCUGCUGCUGGUGCCGAUCUAGACAACCCCAGGAGCAGCACGUGCAGCAGCAGCAGCAGUGGCCUAUAUGGCAGCAGCCGUGCAGCCCUCCUGCUGACAGCUCUGGAGCGUGCCAUGGCUGGGGAAGAGGCUCGGGGGCCCUCCCAUUCCUUCGAGCUGGACGGCCGAACCUCCGGGCUGCUAGGUCCGGGCGACAGCAAGUGGCCCUUCAGCAAUGGCUACGCCGUCGCCACGUGGCUGUACGUCGAAUCGUUUGUCGACACGUCAGCAUCGGCUAUCACCGCAGCAGCGAAAGCAGCAGCCAUUGCAGCAGCAAUCACGGCAAAGGGAGGGAAAGGGUCCGCUCAGGUGACUGCCGCUCAGAUCGCUGCUGCUGUGGCAGCAGCAAACUCCAACAUCCUCCACUUGCCACGCCUCUACAGCUUCCUAACCAUUGAGAACCACGGAAUAGAGGCCUAUUUCCACAAAGACACCCUAGUUGUGGAGUCUAAUUGCCCUUGGAGCGGUAUCAGGAACACCGUCCGUUUCCGGCACACCUUCCUCCCCCGCCGGUGGUACUUCCUAGCCCUAGAACACAUCUUCAAACCCUCUCUCAUGGGAAAAGCGGAGAGUGAGAUUCGGCUGUAUGUGAACGGGCGGCUCAUAGAAGCCUGCCCUCUCGAUCUCCCCCGGAUCGCCAACCCGCUAGGGUUUCUCUGCAUAGGCACCAACCCCCCUUCCAGAUUGAUUUUCAACUCCUCUCAGAAACAGACAGGAUCUCCCGCCCACCACCAGCACCGGCAGCAGCGGCUACAGUGCCCUCUGUUUGCUGAGCUCGGGCCUGUGUACAUCUUCAAGGAGCCAAUCGGGAGCGAGAGAAUUGCCAGGCUGGCGGUGCGUGGUGGGGACCACUUGCCUGUCUUUGGGGCGGGCGCGGGCGCGCCGGCUCACGUGGGGAGUGAGGUGAUGAUGAGGAAAGCGGAGGAAUCGUAUGGUCUGGAUUUGGACCUGGCUCCCAGCCUCCACCUCUUGUACCACCCCAAGAUGCUUCUGGGAAGGUUCUGCCCUGAUGCAUCUCCUGCCAUCGCAUCUGGUGCGUCUCACCCAACCUUUCAUUCCAACCCUAACCUGUCCGAAGACUGCCUCCGCUCCGUAGUAAGAAACCAAAACCUGGAACUUUUCCAUUCCACUUGCCAGUCGAACUCAAGUGCCUGCCAUGCUAUCUCCCCUCUUCCUACCCUCCUCUUUCUCUCAGGCGUUCAGCGCCGGCCAGCCGAGGUGGUGGGGCAGGUGCAUGUGGCAGCGAGGCGGCGAGCAGCUGAUGCCCUCUGGGCUGCAACAGAAGGGGGUCCUCUGGCUCUGCUCCCCCUCUGCAUCGAAGCUGUGGAUCUCCACACCAUGGCACCGCAGGUCCGCUCGCCUCCUCUCUCCCUCUCCGCCUCCCAGCUUCUUCCUCACGUCCUUCGCCUUAUUGCCCGCUCUCUCCGCCGCCCAAUGAACCGAGAAGAGCUUAAAGGAGCCGGCCCCACCCUCCUCUCCCACCUCCUCCAAUUCGUCCUCUCCUCCCCUCCCACUCUUAACGAAUCAGCUUCUAUCAGAAUAGCCCCUGCCGCUUCCUCCUCUCUAUCCACCCGGGGAAAGGAAAAGGACAAAACCCGAGAUAGGGACAAGGAGUUAGUGCACGCGUGCAUGCUCCUGGCCCACCUGCCCCGACCUGGCGACCACCUGAAGAAUCACCUGAUGGAGCACCUGCUGCUGCACCUGCCUCUGUGGGCGCCUUCCCACCUGAGCACUCAGAGAGCACUCCUGGCAGCCAUAGGGGACGCGGUACCUUUGGAGCUGCAGGCACUGCAAUCUGUGGGAGCCGUCUCGCUCCUCCUGGACGGCUGUCGCCGCUGCUACUGGAUGACCUGGGAGCCCUCCUCUGUGCGCCUCUGCACUGCCAGCUGGCAUUCCAACGCCGCAGGAGCGAAGGAAAAAGGGGCAGGAGGAGCAGCAGCUUCUGAAGCAGCAGGGGAAGCAGGGGGUGCGGAGUGGGGGAGGGAGGACAUGCAUGGGGAGAGGGAGGGGAUGAUGGGGGAGGUGAAUGGCAUGGUGAAUGCAGUCAUGGCGGUGCUAGAGAAGCUGGUCAGUGCAGGCGUGGGGCUGGCUGUGAUGGGAGCAGACAUGCGCGCACUUGUCAGCUUUGCACUGCAGUGCCCUCAAGCCAACCAGCUGGUGUCUGCAGGCAUGGGGCUGGCUGUGAUGGGAGCAGACAUGCGCGCACUUGUCAGCUUUGCACUGCAGUGCCCUCAAGCCAACCAGGUGGCCCGAGUGCUGCUGCUGCUGUACCGCCUCAUGUCUCAGCCCAACAGCAGCCGGGCUUCAGCCUUCAUGGUGCAAUUCCUAGCAGCAGGCGGGGCAGAGAUGCUGCUGGCGCUGCUGCUGAGAGAAACCCAGUAUGGGGAGACCUACCCUGUCACUUUCCCGGCCAAAUCUGGCAGACGGCCAAUCAGAAGGCGGCUGGUUCCUGCGCCGGGCGGCGAAGGCCUUGAUAGUAAGGUAGAGGGAGAGGGAGGGGAGGUGGAAGGUGACAAGGGGAGGGAGGAGAGGGGAAGGAGUGAGGAUGAGGAGGAAAGUGCAAGGAAAGUUCUGGUGUUUGCAGAUGGAAAGGGAGGGGCGGCUGAGGGGCAAGGGGGGGAGGAGAGUGGGGAAGAAGUUUUGAAGGAGGGAGCGGAGGGUAAAGGUGAAGGAGGGAAGGAGGGAGAUGAGGCGGGUGCAGAAAAGGACAAGGAAAGAUAUGUCACAGGGGAAGACAGCGAGAAAGCGUGUGAGGAGGGUGUGCCUAAGGAAGGCAGAUCCGAGGAGGGUUUAUCCGAGAAGGAGAGCAAGGGUAAGGAGGAGGAGGAAGAGAAGAAGGAGGAGGAAGCGAGCAAGCCAAAGCAAGAGGCGGUCAAGGCAGGAGGGGUGUGGGACAUGAGCACGUGGAACGCUUUCCUGGAGCCCCUUGGGUUGAAGGUUGGUGCGAUAGAUGAGAAGAAAACCGACGCAGGGAAACCGGGAGCAGCAGCAAGCAAAGAGGGUGGGAAAAGGGACUCAAAAGCAGCUGCUGGGGCAGUAUUCGGGAACUCAGGUGGGUUACCAAGGGAUACAACAGAUAGAGAGGGGUCUGGAGUGGUGAAAGAGCUGGAAAAGGGGUCGGAGGAGAACAGGGAAGAAGAGGAUGUGGACGAGGAUACAAGGAGGGGGUUAGAGGAGGUGGCAGCAGUGGUGCAGAGGCUGAGUUUGAAGCAGGUGUAUGAAGACGACGCAGAGGAGAGUGCAGUGCAGGUGACAAAGGAAGGGGUCGCUGUGCUUGCUCCCUGGGUGUGUGUGUCCGUGCCCCGCUUGGCUCGAACCGGGGGUGCAUCGAGGGUUUCCUCAGUGAAAUCGGCUUCCAGUCAUGCGAGUGCGGCGGAUGUGGCGGCUGCUGCUGCUGCUGCGAUGGUGAAUGCUGCGAGUUGGGAUGUUGGUGGUGGCAGCAGGGGCAGUAGUGGUGGCAGCAGCAGCAGGGGUAUUGGCGCCAGCAGCAGUGCGGGUGGCAGCAGCAGCACUGUUAACAGGAGUGGCAGUGGUCGUGCUGAUGCUGUGAGGAGCAGCAGCAGUGAGAGUGGUGGCAGCAGCAGCAGCAUGAGGGGCAGUGAGGGCGCACUGCAUGGGAGAGCCGCGCACAGAGCAUCGUCUCACGGCGCUCCCAGCACCACAGCAGGACCUGCCACUGCUGCUGGGGCCGCUGUCUCUGCUGCUGCAGCUGCUGCAGAUGCCUUCUGGCUGUCUGGCUGGAUGGCUGAGGGCACUGCCACAGCUACUGCCACAGCCAGCAUUGAUACUACAGCCGCUACAGCCACAGCUGAUGCUACAGCCACCACUGCUAUGGCUUCAACAGACGCUACAGCUUCAGCUACUGCUGCUGCCACGGGCACAGAUUUCUAUUAUGACAGUGACCAGGGGUUCCCGCUGACGGACGGUCCAGAUGCGAUCAUGGUCGCUGUGAUCUCGAUCCUAGGGCUGCUAUCAGACUCAGGCUUCCUGCGUCUAUCCAAUCCGUCAGUCCUAGGGGUGGUGCCUUCCACUCAAGGGCUGGGGGCGGUGGUGACAGAGAGGGCAGGGAAAGACCGCAGCAAUGUGGGGGCGUGGGCGGUGUACGGCGUGCAAAGAGCCCUGCAGCUGGCGCCCAGGAGGCUGCUCACGCCUGCUGUGUACCACGCCCUCAUGACUGCUGUGCUGCGAUGCAAGGCCAUCGAUUCCCCCUCGGCCCUCCUCCCUCCGUCCACCUUCAUAGCCCCCUGGGAGCAACAGCUGCUGUUGGCUCUCCUGCGUGCGCUCCCCGCUGCCGCCCCUCACACGCAGCUCGCAGUGCUGCAGGACCUGCUGCUGCUGCUCUCCCUCAACCCCGCCAAUAUGCGCCUCCUCACACAGUCACCGGAGUGGCCCGAGUGGCUGCUGGAGAUUCUGCUGUCAAAUCUCGAGGAAUUGCCCUUAACAGGCUCCGUCCAGGCCACAGCAGGGCAGGCAGGAGGGCGGGACGAUGACAAGGACAGGACUAGCUAUCCCAGCAGCAUGAGUGGCUCCGCUGCAGCACGCAGCAGCACGAGUGUACAGGAGGACGUGAACGAGCUCAUCUUCAGCUUCUUGGGGAUAGUGUUUGAGCACUGCCUGACAGUCAAGGACGGGUGGAAGGUGUUGGAGGCAACUUUCCAGUGCUUGCAGUGGAAGGCUCUCAUUGGGGGAAGCAGCGUGGGAGUGCAACUUAAGAGGAGGGAGGCCGCCAUGGUAACCAUCCACCGCAGACUGUUACACGAAGCCCUCGACUUCACCGCCUCUCACCUCCCCACAAAACCCCCUCCUCCUUCUCCCUCUCUCUCUUCCCCCCCACCCUCUUGCUCUCCCCUUGACAUCCUCUCCCCUCGCUCCUCCUCCACCCCUCGCCCCUCCGCCACUCCUACCCCGGCUGCUGCUGCUGAUUCUCCUCCAGCUGCUCCCUCAUGCUGUCUGGAAAACGCAGUGGCCCUGCUGAUGCUUCUGGAGGAGUUCCUUCGAAUGCAGGCUGAAAAACGGAUGGACAUAGGGGAAGAGGGGGAGGACGGGGAGGAGGAGGGUGGGGAUGGGUUGGUUGAGGGUCAGAGGGUUGGUAAGCAUGGUUUGCAAUGGACGGUGGUGGACGAGGAGGGGGAGGGGGAGGGGAAGCGCAAGCCGAGGCCUGCUGCUUGGUCCGAGCCGACUGAGGCUGCUGCUGCUGCGGCAAUACCUGUGACUGAACCAGUGGCAGCAAGUGCAGAAGCAACAGCAGAAGGAACAACAGCAGAGGGCACCGAGAGCCCUGCUGCUGCUCCUGCUGCUCCUCCUGCAUGGUCGGCUGAGUUCUCGGCCUUGGACUCUGAAGCUAGCACCCAGACGGCCCCUGCUGAUUCUUCUUCUGCUGCUGCAGCUGCUACAGCUCCUGCCUCCAAUGGUGCCGGGUGGGUGGCAGAGUUCCCUCUGAUCGACCUCAGCUCGGACGCCCUCCCUGCUGCCGCUGUCACUGUCACUGUCACCACCACGACACCAGCACCUGGCGCAGCUCAGUCUGCCUCUGCAUCAUCGGCAGCAUCAGCACCAGUAGACGCAUCGCCUGCAGCAGCGGUGGCAGUGCCAGCGGCAGCAGCAGCAGCUGGGUUGCAUUUCGAUCUGCUCACAGGGUCCUUCUCUCCCUCCAACCUUCCACUGCAACCCACCGUCUCCCCUCCCCUGGGCCCCCUGUCAUCACCACCGGGGUCAGCUUCCCUUAUCUCACUCAACAGCCCCCAGCAGCAGCAGCGACAGCAGGCACAGGCACAGGCAUCACCUGCCUUCGGCUCAGCAAUGGAAAGGAACCGCAAGAAGCACAAGCCACGGCGGUUUAAAGCCGUCCAGUCCGCCUUAGCUAGCUACGGCUCCAUCGCCCAAUCGCUGCCUGACAGCUGGCGGCGCCGAUGCCGGCUGUGGUUCGGAGAGGGUGUGGAGGAGGAAGGGGGGGAGCCGGUGGGGUGGGGGGGUGAGAGAGGAGGGAAAAGGGGGAAGGAAGGGGAGGAGGGAGGAGGGGUGGGUGGGAGUGCGGAGGGGAGCAGAACAGAAGUAUCUGCUUUGGAGCAAGUGUUGAUGGAACUUGCAGAGCCACCGAAGGAAGAGGAAGAAGAGGAUGAGGAGGAAGACGAGGCAGGGGUUUGGAUAGACCUGCGACUGGUACUUAAGGGCGUGACUAUUCUGAAGGGUAUGCUUCUAGAGAAGGAGGGGGUGGCGGCUUCAGAGUCAGGCGUGCUGGCAGUGCUGGGUGUCGUGGGCGGCGCAGGGAUGAGCGAGGCUCUUAAAGGGGUGUUGGAGGACGACCAGUCGCUUGUGACUAUACUGAGGGUGGUGCUAGUGGCGGCUAGGGAGACGGAUGGGGGGGAGAUGGGAGGCGAGCUGGUUAAGAAGGGGGUGAUGGAGGGGGAGGAAGUUACGGAGAAGGUUCUGAGCUCCCUGUUGUGGAGGGUCCUUGCGCCUCUGCUCACCACCUCUCGCCUCGACCAGCGCCAGAACUGUGCUCUCUCCGUCGCUGCCAUUUUGCACACUGAGAUCAUCCACUCAAUCGGCCACGAUGGCACCAUCCUCCGCCCCACCUUCCUCUCCCUCCUCCUGCCUCCCUUCACCGCCCUCCUGCGCAAGUGGCGCCCGGCCCUGCGCUGCCUGCGCCUCCUCUCGGACCACACAGGCGCCUCCCCCCUCUCAGACCCCAACAACCCCGCCCUAGCCACCGAUGCCACCCCCUCUGAAGCUGCCCUUGCGUUCCUCUCCCCUCUGUGGGUCGCUGCGUUUGCCUCGCCGCCUGCUGCUGCCUGCCUGGCUGCCACUGCUGCUGCCACAGGCCCUUCGGCUGCUGCUGCUGAUUUUGUUAGCAGCAGCAGGGGUGCUGUUGGUGGCUUUAUGAGCAGCAGCGGUGGUGGUGCGGGUGGUGUAUCCUGGAGCAGCAGCAGCAGCAGUGGUGCUGGUGGUGCUGGGAGGGGGGGCCGAGAGAGGAAGUUAGGGCUUAUGGAUCGGCUGUACGGGCUGACAGAUGGCAGGCAGAGAGUGGACGGCACUCCCGAGGGUGCCACGUCAGCGAAGCGACGGGAGAGGGGGGACAUCCAGAGGUCAUCGCGGUGGAGCCUGUGGGACUCUUUAGAGGGCGCGUGGGGGGAUGUGAUUGGUCUCAAGCAUGCUGCUCUCAGUGCCCCGUUCCCAGUCACAGUGACGCAAACCGCUGUGGAUUCAACCGCUGCUGCCAACCACCUGACUGCUGCAGAAAACAAAGACGGCAAGAGUAGCAGAGGUGGCAGCAGCAACAUCAGCAGCAGCAGGGAGUGGGACGAGGUGGAGAUGCGGUACAGCAUCUCCCUCGGCCCCCGAGUGGGCGGGCUGCAGCUCUUUCUCGCCUCUCUGCAUGACCUGCUCUCCUCACAGAGCCUGCAAACGGCAAAGCUUCACUCACCUAUCAUCAAGGCACGGGCGGCAGGGGGGCGCAUGUGGCGCUCUCUCAUUCGUCAGCUGCUCAAGUCCGGGCGGCUCUGUGGGGCUCGAUCAAGCCAUGAAGAAUUCCGCCAAUCACCAGUGGUGUGUUAUCUGGAUCGCAUGGAGACAUCCCUGCGCAUGCGCCGCCGCGUCAAGCCCUGCUUCACCAGAACUGCCACCGACGGGCUCCGUGCCGCUGCUGAUGCAGCAAGGGAUGCAGUGAGUGUUGGGGCAGCAGGUGCAGUCACAGCAGCACUUGAGACAGCGACUGUCGCAGCAGCAGAUUCAGCCACAGCAGCAGCAGGUGCAGCAGCACACGUGGAGGCAGUGCAGCGGCUGGGGGGGGCUCUCCCCGCCCCUCUAGGGGGCUUCAUGAGGGGGGACAAGGAGGAAGAAGGGAAGGCAGGAGAGGAGGGAGCAAACGGGGGAGGAGGAGAGGAAGUGAAGGACGGAGGCGUGGAAGAGGGAGGCACGGAAGGGGCUGUUAUUCCAAGGGAAGGGUCAGGGAGUGUGGUGGCAGAGGAGGGAGCAGGGAGGAAAGAGGGAGGCGAUGUUACGGGUGGCGUUGAGGGUGGUGUGAAAGAUAAAGAGGGUGGCGUGAAAGGUGUAGAGGGUGGUGUGAAAGAUGUAGAGGGUGGUGGGGCUGCAGGGAGGAAGAGUAGGUCAAGUGGACAGUCAGCUCAUGGGGAGCAGAGAGUGAAACCGGGCGGCAUGGAGUGGACGCUAGUGGCGGAUGCGGACGGCGAGGAGGUGCUUGUUGACGUGGCAGCAAUGAUGGUGCAGCCGUUGAGGACGGUGAAGGGGCGGCUGGUGGUUACCACCACGCGCCUCUGGUUCCAUGUUGACCCCUUGGUGCAGUUCCGAGAGAGGGGGCGGGAGGAGAAGGGAGAGAAGGGCGAGAAUGGAGAGACAGGAGGAGGGGGUGCAGGGAAGCAGGAAGAGAGUGGGCAGAGUGACGCCAAUCAGGAGACACCGGUUCCUAAUGGAGGCGUGGGGAGAGGAGUUGGGGGAGAUGGGGCUGUGCGUGGGGAUGUGGGCGAUCGUGUUUGGCGGCUGUCGUCUGUGCGAGAAGUGCUCACCAGACGGUACCUGCUGCGGCGCUCUGCCCUGGAGAUAUUCAUGAUCGACCGCUCCAACUUCUUCUUUGCCUGUGAGGGCGCGGAGCAGCGCAAGAGAGUGCACCGCGCCAUCGAGAGAGCCCACCCGCCGCACUUCCAACACCUCUUCUCCGCCUCGCAGCGACCUGAGAACAUUCUGGAGAAGCUUCAGCUCACGAAACGAUGGGUCGACAGAGAGAUCACCAACUUCGAGUACCUCAUGCAUCUCAACACCCUAGCUGGCCGAUCCUUCAACGACGUCACUCAGUACCCCGUGUUCCCUUGGGUGAUUCAGGACUAUACCUCAAAGGAGCUCGACCUCACCAAGACAGCCACAUUCCGUGACCUCUCAAAGCCCAUGGGAGCGCUGACCCAGCCUCGCCUGGGCAAGCUGGUUGAGCGCUAUGCCUCGUUUGACGACCCUGUGAUCCCCAGGUUCCACCAUGGCACUCACUACUCCAGCGCUGCCAUUGCCUCGCACUACCUGCUGCGUUUGGAGCCCUUUACCUCCCUCGCGCUAUCCCUGCAAGGAGGCAAGCUGGACCAUCCGGACCGGCUGUUCCGAGAUGUGGCGAGCACGUGGCAGGGGGUGACUACCGACAUGGCUGAUGUGAAGGAGCUGAUCCCCGAGUGGUUCUGCCUGCCAGAGAUGUUUCAGAACGUCAAUGGCUUGAGCUUGGGGAGCACGCAGCAGGGAGACGAGAUAGGCGACGUGGUGCUGCCCCCCUGGGCUGACAGCGCCGUGGACUUUGUGCACAAGCAGCGGGCGGCGCUGGAGAGCGAAUAUGUCAGCUCUAACCUGCACCAUUGGAUCGACCUCAUCUUCGGCUACAAGCAAACGGGGCCAGAGGCAGUGAAGGCGCACAAUGUGUUCUUCUAUGUCACCUACGAGGGGGCAGUUGACAUCGAUUCCAUUCACAACCCUGUCACUCGGCAGGGCCUGCAGGAUCAGAUCAAGUACUUCGGCCAGACGCCCUCCCACCUCUUCACCGCCCCGCACCCCAAGCGCAUUCCUCUCGACCGAGCUCUGCACCUGCAAACCAUAUUCCGCAAGCCCAACGAGAUCCUCCCAUACGUGCUACCCCGUCCCGAGACCCUCAACGUGCCUGCCGCCCGGCUGCACGCCACGUCUGAUGCGAUCAUCACCGUUGAUCACAACGUGCCAGCCUGUCACAUUGCCGUGCACCAGUGGCAGCCCAACACGCCGGACGGCCACGGUUGGCCUUUUCUGUUUCAGCCCGGGCGGGCGUCUCUUUCGGGCGGCGCACUCCUCCGCAUGCUCAAAAGCUCAGCCCCGGGGUUCGGAGCUGGUAGCAUAGUGGCCGGCCUAGGCAUGGGUAUUGGGGGAACCGGCUUGGGAGGGUUAAGUGGGGGAGGAGGAGGGGCAGGAGGGGGUUUGGGGGGGGUUGGUUCAGGAGGGGGGGGAGGGGCAGGAGCAGCAGGAGCCGGAGGAGGAGGGGGAGGAGGGAUGGUUUCUGAGACGUCGAUUUACCCGCGGCUGCUUGCUCUUCCUGCGAGGGGCAUCCGCCGCCCGAAGGAGCUGAUGGCGAUCACGCCGGAUGGCAAGCAUCUGAUCACGGGCGGCCACGCGGACUUUUCAGUGAAGCUGAUCUCGGUGGAAAGCACCCGAGUGGUGGAAUCAGCAGCGGUGCAUACCGCUCCUGUGACCGCCCUCAGCCUGUCCCAGGAAGGGGCAACGCUGGUGACAGGCGCAGCAGAUGGGACGGUAAUGCUGUGGCAUGUGAACACGUCUGCGUCGCUUGCUGCUGCUGCCUCGAGUCUCGCUGCUAGCAUGCUGGGAACGGCAGAUAACUCUUCUCAGUCUUUCACUGGAGGGCCGCAUGACCCGAGCCUCGUAUCGACCCCUGAAGCGGCAACUACCAGUGAGGAGGAUGAGGAAGAGGAGGAGGAGAGGGAGAAGGAGGAAAGGAGGAGGCGAGGUAGUGGCAGUUCCCCUGCUGCAGCUGCAGCUAGGAUGCUCUCUGCUGCUGGUCGGGCGUCCCUAGAGCAAGUAAAGAAGAAAAUGAGGCGACUAGAGGGUCCGGUGCAUGUGCUGAGAGGCCAUACCGAUGAGGUGGUGUGCUGUGCCGUGUCAUCAGACCUAGAUAUUGCCGCCUCCUCCUCUCUCUCCUCCGGUGUCCUCCUCCACUCCAUCAUGCGUGGAAAGUUUCUUUGCACGCUGCCUGGGGUCGCCCGGGCAGACGUGCUCGCAAUUUCUCCCGAGGGCCUGGUCGUGGUGUGGGAAUUAGCUAUGCGCGCUUUAAGGGUUUUUACGAUUAAUGCUGAGCCGGUGGCGGCUGUGGGCGUGCCUGAGGAGGAUGGGGAUGUGAGUGCGGUGCAGAUCUCUGCAGAUGGGUUGUAUCUGGUGGUUGGAACAGACUGCACCAGGUGGAGGUAUAUGAGGGAGAAGGAGAGGGAGAGGGAGAGGCAGAGGGCAGCAGUGAUGGUGGGUAAGAGUGUGGGGGUGAGGAAAGUGGGUGGAGGGGAGAAGAGGGGGAAAGACGGAGCAGGAGGAGAGAAGGAGGAGGAGGGGGAGGGGUUGGGGCGAGGGGGGGAUGGGAGGGAGCCGUUUGAGGAGGAGGGGUUGCCGAACUGGAGGGAUUCGGAUGAGGGGGGGUCAAAGAGGGAGCGCGGGUCGGCCAUUUCGCUGCUCGAGAUCUUCACUCUCAAGGCUCUGUAUCGCUUCAAGCUGCCAGAGAGCAACGAUGUGACGGCGCUGGCGCUCUCAGCCGACAACACAAAUCUCAUCUGCUCAGCAUCUGUCGUCCUAUCCCCUGGCCACCUCAUUCUCUACAGUAACCCCAUUCUAAGUGUGAAGAUGGUGGAUCAGAUGCUUAGGCUGGGCUGGGAGGGAGGGGGGCUGCAAUCGAUGAUGCAGCAGCCAGAGCGAGCCUCUGCUUCCCCCCCAGUUUCCACCACCCCCUCUUCCUCCUCCCCUGCCCAAAGCGCCUCAACUAUGUCUCCGGCUCGCAUAUCUGGCCUCUACUUGUGAAACUGCUACAAAGAAAAUAACAUGCGUUAUAGAAUAUUGGAGAUUGCCUAGAAAACAGUUAUCAAUGUUCAAGGUAAACUUUACCUGUGAAGUAGGAAGUUAUUGUGCGAGCAUUGCGAAACGAGCCAGAAUGAUCCGUUUCUUUUAUAACGAGUGUUAUUAUCGAGUAGCG